UGAGAGGGCGCGGGAUGGCGGCCGCCUGUCGUCGAUUGGCAGCUUUCCGCACAGGAUAUUAUUGUGGUGGGGGCUUUUGUCGCAUCAUGGUCGCCAUCUACCACCGUGCAAAGGGACUUGUUGGAUCUUCUGGAUUGCUUUCAGUCUUUAGCUUGCGGCAAAAUCAACAGCAGCAAAGGAACCUUUCCUUGCACGAAUACCUGAAUAUUCGAUUACUGGAGGAUGCUGGUAUCUCUGUACCAAUGGGGAAAGUUGCCUCUACGCCACAAGAGGCAUAUGAUGCAGCCAAAGUAAUUGGCUCAAGAGAUUUUGUUGUAAAGGCACAGGUUUUGGCUGGUGGCAGAGGAAAGGGGGUAUUUGAAGGAGGUCUGAAAGGAGGAGUUCAAAUUGCUUACUCUCCAGAACAAGCCCAGGAUAUUACUUCCCAAAUGAUAGGAAAGAAGUUAUUCACGAAACAAACGGGUGCAAAAGGAAGAAUAUGCAACAAGGUAUUGAUCUGUGAGCGAAGGUACACCAGGAAAGAAUAUUACUUUGCGAUAAUACUGGAUAGGAUAUUUCAGGGGCCAAUAUUAAUAGGCAGCUCUCAGGGAGGAGUUAACAUAGAAGAGGUAGCAAUGCAAAGCCCUGAAGCAAUUGUGAAAGAACCUGUUGAUAUACUCAAAGGUGCCACGAAAGAACAAGCUAUCAAGCUUGCAAAGAAAAUGGGAUUUCCUCCUGAUGUUAUAGAAGAUGCAGCAGAGACUAUGAUCAAAUUAUAUGAGAUAUUUGGUAAAUAUGAUGCCAGCAUGGUAGAGAUAAAUCCUAUGGUGGAGGAUGCCUCUGGAAUUGUAAUGUGCAUGGAUGCAAAAAUCAACUUUGAUUCUUAUGCUGCCUUCCGGCAGAAGGAUAUUUUUGCCCAGCAGGACUGGAGUCAAGAAGAUGCACAGGACAAACAAGCAGCUGAUUCAGAUCUUAAUUACAUUGGGCUGGAUGGAAAUAUUGGUUGUUUGGUAAAUGGUGCAGGGCUAGCAAUGGCCACAAUGGAUAUCCUUAAGCUUCAUGGAGGUGCACCUGCCAAUUUUCUGGAUGUAGGUGGUGGAGCUACAUCUCAGCAAGUGACAGAGGCAAUUAAACUAAUUACUUCAAACAAAAUGGUAGUCGCUAUUCUGGUAAACAUAUUUGGUGGCAUCAUGCGCUGUGAUAUAAUUGCUAAAGGUAUUAUUCUAGCUGUGGAAGACUUGGAUUUGAAGAUCCCUAUAGUUGUGAGAUUGCAAGGUACACAAGUUGAUGAUGCCAAAGCACUGAUUGCUGCCAGCAAUCUCAAGAUCCUAGGCUGUGAUGACUUAGAUGAAGCAGCUAAAAUGGUUGUAAAGCUUUCAGAAAUCAUGUCAUUGGCAAAGGAGGCCCAAGUGGAUGUCCAUUUCCAGCUGCCAGUUUGAGAUGAUUAAAUAAAUUCCUGUGGUGUUAUACAAAUGGUGUUUAAAUCCCUCGUGUCUUUGUGAAGGGUCUCUUGGCCAAGAUUCAUAAUUGUACACAUCAUAUUGCCUUGUAGCAUGGUUUUGUUAGGCAUCUUGUUUUGUUUAGUUUCGCUGUGCAGACUGUGUAGGUUUUUUAAUUAUUACAGAUAUUAUUUGAAAUUUGCACACGUAUUGAGCUUCACCUGAAACUGUGCAGGCAUAGAUAGGUUUUUAAAUUAUUAUGGAUAUUUUUUAAGUACCAAUGUGUUCGAUAGGUUGAUGUUGAAGUAUAACCGUGUAACCAGAUCUGAACUGAUCCAUGAUUUUCAUAACCUGCCUUCUGACUUGGUAACCUGUACUUGCUGUUUAAAAGAAUUACUAUCUGUGUACAUGUCCACAAUUUUUCUUUGAUGUAUUUUGUGGAAACCAUUUGAACUAUCAAGCCUUGAGUCUUCUUCUGAAAAGCACCAAAGUUAUUAAUGAACUUUCCUAACAUCUUCUCGUACAAUUUCUAUAAAACAAUAGAAAAUAAGGAAAAGUGGUCCGUUGUGGAAAAAGGUUAGUGUUCAAACAUGUUCCUGCUGUAUUUUUUUCUCAAUAAAGUCAAAACUUCAAAGUUCAAAGUAUUUUUUUUAUUAUCAGAGUACAUACACUGUAAGUCGCCAUGUACAACCCUGAGAUUUAUUUUUCUGCGGGCAUACUCAGCAGAUCUAUAGAACAGUAACUAUAACAGUAUAAGAUGAUGAGAGGCAUUGAUCGUGUGGAUAGUUGG